AUUGCAUUCUUCUCUAUUUUGUGUUGUAAGCUUUGGUGAUUGCAUAUUAUAGGCAUUUUCACUGUCGUGAAGCUAUUUUCAGAGAUACAGCGGUAAAAGGCCUAACGAAUCGAUUAGCACUCUGUAACGUGCCACAGGAAGCCAUGUGUCACUCAUACCAUCACACUCAGAAGAAUUACCAGGACAACUUCGGAAAUUUUGUCGGUGGUGUUCGGGUGUGUCGAUGAUCAGACGUAUUGCGAGAUACACGCCGAAAGUUUUGGUUCACUGCCGGCAACAGAAUUUACACUACAGGGGUCUGUAUAUUCAGAUGGCAGCACCAAAGUUCCAGGAUAUGUACGUGAUUGAUUUGCGGAGCGAUACAUUAACAGUACCUACUAAGGCAAUGAGAGAAGCAAUGUACAAUGCAGAAGUUGGAGAUGAUGUUUAUGAAGAAGAUCCUACUGUGAAAGCUUUGGAACGAAGAGCAGCUGCAUUAUUUGGGAAAGAAGCUGGAAUAUUUGUCCCCAGUGGUACUAUGGCCAAUCUACUUGCAAUUAUGGUUCAUUGCAGUCGAAGAGGAACUGAACUCAUAGCUGGUGACAAGUCUCAUAUUUACAAAUAUGAGCAGGGAUCAGCAGCACAUAUUGCAGGGGUUCAAGUAACAACAGUUAAAAAUAAACCAGAUGGAACUUUUGAUUUGGAUGAAAUGCAGAUGAAAAUAAGGAACGAAGAUAUCCAUGAGCCAGUCACUGCUCUCAUCUGUAUUGAAAAUACACACAACUUAUGCGGUGGGAAAGUUCUACCGAUGGAAUGGCUCGAUGAGUUGUGGAAGCAGGCAGCCCAGCGUGACAUACCUGUGCAUGUGGAUGGUGCUCGUUUGCUAAAUGCAGCAACAAAGAUGCGUGUGCACCCUGCUGUGCUGACCAGCGGCUGCCGCUCUGUGUCACUCUGUCUCAGCAAAGGUCUCGGUGCUCCAGUUGGUUCUCUACUGCUUGGUGAUGCUACUUUUGUGAGCAGAGCAAGGUACCUACGGAAAGCCCUUGGAGGGGGAAUGCGGCAAGUGGGUGUGCUAGCAGCAGCAGGGCUUGUGGCACUGGAUACUGCCUCUGACAGACUUACACAAGACCAUGCUAAUGCAGCUCUCAUUGCCAAAGGUAUAUCAGAGUUUGGAAGCAAAUAUAUCCAUAUUGACCCAGCUAGUGUCCACACAAAUAUUAUUAUGGUCAAUGUUGAAAGAAAAAUUAAAGCACCAGAACUAUGCAGUCGAUUGGAGCAGAUUACUGAUGAAGAGACAGAGUAUUUAGGAAAGGAAGCAGUAAUUGUUAAAGCUUUGUCUUUGGACACUGGGCACAUACGACUGGUAACAUAUAACAGCAUAACAGAUACUGAUGCCAAGAUGGUUGUGAAGAAGCUUCAGUUCAUCAAUCAAGAGCUGCAGAGGAGCUGAUUAGUGUUAAAAUAUGUGGUGAACUCUUCAGUAUCACAGUUAUUCAAGCAGCAUGAAAAGCAGUGUAAUAAUUUAAUGUAGGAAUUAGCACCAUUCUUUCUAUAGCAUACGGUAUAAGUUCGGAAAAAAUGCUAAUAAAAAAAUAAAUAAAAUACUAUUUGUCCAAAACUA